CCUUGGAAAAUGUACACAAGUCAUGAAGACAUUGGGUUCGAUUUUGAAGAUGACCCCAAGGAGAAGAAGACCCUCAAGCCCCACCCCGACAUCGAUGGCGGGUGGGCGUGGAUGGUGGUCCUCGCCUCCUUCUUCGUGCACAUCCUCAUCAUGGGCUCCCAGAUGGCCCUGGGCGUGCUCAACGUGGAAUGGCUGGAGGACUUCCACCAGAGCCGCGGCCUCACCGCCUGGGUGAGCUCCCUGAGCAUGGGCCUCACCCUGAUCGUGGGACCUUUCAUCGGCUUGUUCAUUAACACCUGCGGAUGCCGCUGGACCACCAUCGUGGGAGGCCUGCUGAACUCCCUGGGCUGGGUGCUGAGUGCCUACACCACCAGUGUGCACUGUCUUUUUUUCACUUUUGGAGUGGCAGCCGGCCUUGGCAGUGGCAUGGCCUACCUUCCCGCAGUGGUCAUGGUGGGAAGGUAUUUCCAAAAGAGACGAGCCCUGGCCCAGGGACUCAGCACCACCGGGACAGGGUUCGGAACGUUCCUGAUGACCACAUUGCUCAAGUACCUGUGCUCCGAGUACGGCUGGCGCAAUGCCAUGUUCAUCCACGGCGCCGUGUCCUUGAACCUGUGUGUGUGCGGGGCACUCAUGAGGCCCCUCUCUCCCAGGAAAGAUGGAGAUUGCUCAGCCGGGAAAGACCCCCAAGUAACCCGGGCUCCCUCCACAGCAUCUGUAAAGUCAGGUGGACAACUGGGCAGUACAGAAGAGAAAGACAGCACGCCCAGGAACGAGGGCAACCUCUGUGACCUUCAAGCCCAGGAGUGCCAAGGUCAGGUCCGGCCCAGGAAGAACAUGUGCGCCCUCCGAGUUCUGAAGAGCGUGAGACAGAUCACCCUGCUGGUCCGGAAGGGCUUCCGGGACUGGUACUCAGGCUAUUUUGGGACAGCCUCACUCUUUACUAAUCAGAUGUUUGUUGCCUUUAUUUUCUGGGCUUUGUUUGCCUACAGCAGCUUUGUCAUCCCUUUCAUCCACCUCCCAGAAAUAGUCAAUUUGUAUAACUUGACAGAGCAAAAUGAUGUUUUCCCCCUGACUUCAAUCAUAGCAAUACUCCAUAUCUUUGGGAAAGUGAGCCUGGGCUUUGUGGCGGACCUGCCCUGCAUCAGCGUCUGGAAUGUUUUCCUCGUGGCCAACUUCACUCUGGUCCUCAGCAUUUUUAUUCUGCCCUUGAUGCAUACCUAUGCCGGCCUGGCUGCCAUCUGUGCGCUGAUCGGGUUCUCUAGUGGGUAUUUCUCCCUGAUGCCCGUGGUGACGGAAGACCUGGUCGGCAUCGAACACCUGGCCAAUGCCUAUGGCAUCAUCAUCUGUGCUAAUGGCGUCUCCGCCUUGUUGGGCCCACCCUUUGCAGGGUGGAUAUACGACAUCACACAGAAGUAUGAUUUUUCCUUCUACAUCUGUGGCUUGCUCUACACGCUGGGGAUCUUCUCCUUACUCGUCCAGCCCUGUGUCCAGAUGAUAGCUCGAGUCAGGAGAGGACGUGCAGAUGGCGCACGUGUCUAAGUGCCAUGUGAGGCCCUGUGGAUGCCCUCGUGGUGCUCCUGCCUACCUCCCGUGGCUGCUGGGAGGAGCCACUGAUGCAGGGCAGCACGCUUCAGAAAGGCCACUGACCCUGCUUCAUCUGGAAGCGGCCCUACCUCUCGGUCUGGGAAGAGGCAGUGCUGGAAGGUUUUAAAACGAUAGUUUUGAGAGACAACAGCUUCUACAUCCUUUAAAACAAUUAGUAGAAAUGCCCUCAAAACUACUCUCUCUCACCAGGCUCAGUGAUGCAAUCCUGCAAGGCAACCCUGAGCUACAUGGUGAAACCCCGUCUUAAACAAUGACAACAAAAACCUGCUCUCUCUUGUCACCCACUGGGAUUAGGGCUUUCACUAUAAACAUAGACAGGGAAUAAAAGCUUUUCAACUCAACUACUUCUUUGUAAAGAAUCUGCAUGCUUCCAAGACAUGCAGACAAAUGGUUUUCAAGCACAAGAAUGCGACUAGAUUUCAGAAAUAAUUAUUACAGGGAGUUCUUGAUCUACCAGUAUAAUACAAAGGCAGGCUCCAAUUCCAAACAUAAUACAUUUUAAUACAAUUAAAGAAACACAGUUUAGGGCCAGGGAUUUAGCUCAGUGGCA